AUGAUGUUUCAUUUGACGUUCGCUUGCGUGCUACUCCUACCUCACCAUGACGUCAUCGCCUCAACAGCACCCCCUCCAGGCCGCAACUACGAUUUAUCGAUCGAAUCGAGCGUGAUCGAAGACGCCAUCGAUUUCGCCAUGACCAACACCGGCUACGAGAAACGUUUCGAGGAGACCAUCAAGCAGGUCAGUCGAUUAGUGCCCGGCACGCCCGCCGAGGGGGCGUACGCCCAGCUCGUGCCCGACGAUAUAGCCAUAGAACGUAGCCGGCAGGCCCGGCUGGCCGUCAAAGUGACCGCUCAGGUCGCCUACUCCGUUUGUCUCGUGAAACCCCUCAGUUUCGAGGAGUGCGACACGCGCCUGCGCAAGGUGAACUUCGCGCGGACGUCGUUGAGCGCCAUCUGCGAUCAUCUGAACAAAAAUUGCACCGUCGAACAGGCUUUGGAUCCGUACAGAUCGUCAGACGGUUCGUGCAAUCACGUCGAAGCGGCCGCUCGCGGGGAAUCCCACACGGCAUUCUCCAGAUUGACUCGUCCGAACUACAAGGACUCCAUAGAGACGCCGAAACGUUCUGUGACCAAGGCGUCGAUGCCGAGCGCUAGAAAAAUCUCCAACGCCCUGGUGAAUUACGAGUCGUCGCCCCACGAUUAUCUCACGGCGAUGUUUCCCGCCUGGGGAAUGUUCGUCGAACACGAUCUCGCUCGCUUCGCGUCCUCCGUAAUGGUGCAUUUCAACGAUUCGUUUCGAUGCUGCGACGAAUUGGGCUUCAAUUUGGCGCCGAGGUAUACGCAUGCCCAAUGCAUGCCGGUACAGGUACCCCAAGACGAUCGGUACUACUCCAACAUCCGAUUGGAAUGCAUGAGUUACGUGCGCUCGAUGGCGGCGAUCCGCGGCGAUUGCUCUUUGGGGCACCUCGAACAGCAAAAUCUAGCCACCCAUUACUUGGACGGAUCCCAAUUGUACGGUACGCACGCGUCGAAAUCGACCGACCUGCGUCGGCGUCGCGACGGUCGGCUCGAAUCCGAAUCGAUCGAAGGCGUCGGGGAAUUCCCCGGCGCGAUGGAACGAUGUCCGAUCGAAGAUGGCGUGUGCUUCGAAUCGGGCGAUCCUCGCGUCAAUUUCCUGCCGCAAUCGGCGGUUUUAUACGCCAUUUGGCUGCGCGAACACAACCGCCUGGCCGCCGAAUUGGCCGAAUUGAACCGACAUUGGGACGACGAGAGGCUCUACCAGGAGGCUCGGAGGAUCGUCGUGGCCGAAAUGCAGCGCAUAACCUACGAGGAAUGGUUGCCCCAUUUGCUUGAUGCGGAGAAGAUGAAGGAAAUCGAUUCGAUCGAUACCUACGACGAAUCGAUCGAUCCGAGCGUAUCGAACGAAUUCGCCGCGGCCGCCGUUCGAGCUUUGUAUUCGAUGAUCGGAUCGCAGGAGGCGUUGCGCGACGAUUACAACAAUCCCAAGAUGGCCGUGGAACGUUUCGACGGCGUCGUCGAGGAGAUGGCGCGCCGGUCGGCCGAUAAUAUCGAUUUGAAUUAUUCCGAAGACUUGAUCGAUCAGUUGUUCAGCAACGGCGAUUUCGGCUACGAUUUGGUCAGUUUGGACGUGCAACGGGGCAGAGACAACGGAUUGCCCGGAUACAACGCCUAUCGAGAAUUGUGCGGUUUGAAGAAGGCCCAAAAUUUCGACGAUUUGACCGACGUUAUACCCGAAUCUGAGGCGUUGAUUUUGUCGCGGGUUUACCAACACGUCGACGACAUCGAUUUGCUGAUUGGGGGGCUCUGUGAAAGGCCGGCGGGGGAUUCCCUGGCGGGGCCGACGUUAUCUUGUAUACUGGGCGAUCAAUUCGGGCGCACCAAGCGGGGCGAUCGAUAUUUUUACGCGAAUAGAGACCAACCGAAACCGUUUGGCGAAUUGCAAUUGGCGGAGAUUCGGAAGGCGACGCUGGCCGGAGUCAUUUGCGGUAACGCCGACUUGGCGGUUAUUCAGCCAUCAGUGUUUAGGAGGAUCGAUGACAAUAACAUGCCGGUGAGUUGCGACGGUAUUGAAAAGGUGGAUUUGGCGGCUUGGCGGGAAGACAGAGAGAAAUACGAGUUAGUUUGA